AACAGUAAAAUACAAAAGGAGUACAAAACGUGAAAAAACAUGGACACUAAGUCAAUAAGGGAGGAAAAUUUACCCUUUCUGAAAUACCGGCUGUUAAGAAAGUAUCAAGAGCAUUGAACACUUCUGAGUCAGUUGUUUUCAUGCGCUAGGUGUCAUCCAUCUUGAUUCGGCCUCAAGACGUUGCCGUCAGGAGUCAGUAAAAGAUGUCCGUCAUCAUUCGACUUCAGAAUUUGCCGAUAUCGGCAAACGCAUCGAACAUUCGUCGUUUCUUCAGUGGAUUAUCUAUUCCAGAGGGAGGAGUGCACAUAGUUGGAGGCACUGAAGGUGACGCCUUCAUUGCUUUUGCUACAGACGAGGAUGCAAGGAAAGCCAUGUUACUUGAUCGACAGUCGAUCAAUGGGGCCGCCGUUCGUUUGUUUCUAAGCAGCAAAACUGAAAUGCAGUCGAUUAUCGAAUCCGCCAGAACAUCAGCUAUGUUUUCGGGUGGGGGGAGUACAGCCAUUUCUCAAGCUGUUCCUCAAAAGUCUGAAACUAUGCAUGCACUAGACGUAACAGCUCCUACUUUGCCUAGUUCAUUCCCAUCAUAUCGCAACGGAGCCGCUCGUGAAUCGUUCGAUGAAUCACUGAACCAAUUUGCUUAUCCAUACAACAAAGCGAUUGCUCCUCCUGUCGAUACCCCGCCUCGUGCACAGGUGGAUAUGGUAGUACGCAAUAAACCGGAGGAGUAUCCAGAACAUAUACCGCCAGAUCGGAUUCAUUCGGAUCGAGAUCGAAAUUAUGGUUACAAUAAUCCACCGGAUAUACCCUCUAGAUACGACAACCGAGAUUUUCCACCAACCCGUGACUAUGGUCCGAGAGAUGCUUAUGUGAAUGAUAGGGGUGACGCACCAUACAGAUAUCACGAAGAUUAUGAUUACAGUCGGCGCCCACCACCCCCCAUCCCUGAAGAUAACUUCACUCCUAGGAAUAAGGACCCUGGCUUUAGAAACAGUCCAAGAGAUCCAUACCCAGACCAGUACCCUCCGCGCCACGUUAUGGACGACAGAGCUCCAGAUUAUGGCAAGUAUCCCACACCACCUCCUAGAUCAAAUAAUGAUCGCUUCGUACCACAUGAUGUUCCACCACGGGAAGUAAAUCGUGGUAAUGGUAAUUAUCCCCCGGAAACUAGAAGUGGUCCGUUCCAUCCACUUGAAAGGGAAGCUCCCUAUCCUAAUAACAGGUUGCCGGAGGAUCGUGAUUUCUCGGUUAGACCUCCGUGGCUUGGUCCUGAUGCUCCUGGUGUAGGACCUAAGCGUCCAUUCCAACAGCCAGUUCCAGAUUACGAAGAGUACCCAAGGAAACGCCGACCUCCUCCUCCUCCGUCGUACGGUCGUCCAUCUGAUUUGAUACCUGGAGAAACCGAGUAUGUACUUCGUGUCUGUCUACCAGCGCCAGAGGCUGGGAUCAAAACUGUCUUCGAAGUAUUGCGUGGGGUGCAAGUUGUGCCUAAGUGGGGUAUCAGAGUAGAAGAAGACUUACUGCAACGUCCUACUGGAUAUGUGUUUAUCAUGAUGGCAACUAGAGAUUCGUAUGACCGUGCACUUAGUUUCGAUAAUCGUCCUUAUAAGGGAGACAUCAUCAGAGUAUUAAGUUCAUCUCUCGAGGAAUUCUACAGUGUCAGUGAUACAGGUUUUGCUUCUAAGUGUCCCCCCGAGGUUACUAAAAAGCUUCCACCUGCUGACCAGUCCUGUCCACCUCAUUAUAAUGAUGGUUGCCUUGAGCUAUCUGAACUUCCUUCUGAUGCCACAAUAAUGGAAGUUGUGCGGUUCAUAGGUGCUCCCGGUCUUACUUGUGAAAAUGUUGUCCUUGCUCGAUUUUCCCCAAAUGAUAGGUCUGCUCCACGAAGUGGAAACAUGAUUAGAGCUCUUGUUACUCUACCGUCGGCAGCAGAUUUGAAAAUUCUACUUUCCGCCAAGUCGCGACCAUUCCGACCGGAUGCUGAACUUCCAUUAGCUCGCCUAAUAGCAAUAUCCAAACUGCAAGUUGCUGCUUAUUCCAGCUUUUCUGUGAGCGGAAAGUCUGAAGACACACAGGAACUGGCGAAGUCGACUAUCUCACGUGACAUUGAUACAGAGCCAGCCAAGGCGGCAGGAGUAUUUUUAACAUGCGCGUGUGUCAGCGGAUUUUCUCGCCCAGUAAAAGAUUCUGAAGUUCUGAAUUUGUUCCCUUCCAUUUUGAUUCCGGGAGAUGCAGUAAAAAUGACUCCAGAUGGUACCACAGCUUUUAUUGAUUUCAUUAGUGAAAAUAACUGUCGUCGCGCGGUUAGUGAGACAUCAACAGAAGGCUCCAAGGCCAAGCAAACACAUCCAACUAUUCACAUAGAAGCUAUUUCUAGGGGUGAGAUGCUGAACCGUCUUGGUCUCGAUACCAAAGGUGAUGAACAAUCCAAUUUUGACAAGCCUGUAAGACCGCGUGACAGGGACCCGCGGGAACCCCGCCCCCAGUGGGACCCACGUCAGCGUCCGCCACAUCCCAAUUCAUUUGAAAACCGCCCACCAAGUUCAGGGAGAGGGAAGUAUGAUGAUCCUUCCUAUGAUCGUCCCGUACCACCUGCUCCUUUCGAUGAAUAUCGCGACCCAUUCCGGAGAUUCCGUCCUCCCAUGGAUAACUUGCAUUCUAUUCCACCACCACAAACGGAUCCUGUGCCUGCGCCCAGACCACCAUUGCCUGCUCCACACCGUCGCCCUAAUCCUGACUUCGUCUCUGUUUUCGUUGGAAAUCUGCCGCCUGGAUUCACCGUCGAUCAACUAGCUGGAGUUAUGAGGGAUUAUUACUUCAUCCCUGGUUCUAUACGACUACGCCGUAAUCCUCAGGGACAACCUACUGGUGAGGCACUGGUGGAUUUCAAAACAAGUUACGAAGCCGACAGAGCUCUCAGGGGACUGAAUGGAUAUCGCAUUGCUGGACGGCCACUGGUCUUGCGUUUUGACCAUCGAAACUAGCAGGUAAGAUAUAAAUUUUAAUUUUAUUUUGUAGGACAACUUGUUGACUUCAUGUAAAUCUUUCAGUUGCAUUUUAAGUUUUAUUUCACUGUGUAAUUUGUUUAUUUUUCUAUGGGACUAUUUUUGGAAACUAGUAUUGGACUUGAUAUAUUUAUGUAUAUGUGUAUAUAUAGAUGCCUUGAAUAAGUGCUUCAAGUCUUCUUGCUUUCUGUCCAAUAAUCAAACAUGCAAUAAUUCAUGUGUUGAAGUUAUUAAAGGCAUUCCGGAAACAUUUAUGUCAUACGACUCUUAAAGUACUUCAGGGGAUCGUAUUCCUGUCUUGUGGAAUGACCUGAUACUACUGAAGUACUCAAUAGUUCACAUUCUAAUCAUUCCGUCAUCGGAAUAAUUUGAAGGCUUAAUAAUAUCUGCAGUUAGAAAAGUGCGAUGUCGACUUCUGAAUGUUUAUAUGAUUUAUAAGAUUCAUCCUCAUCGAGUAGUUUAUAAGACGUAGCAGUGUCUUUGUAUUGGCUACGACCAAUUAUGCAUCUCUGAUAGGAGAUUGCCGUCUAAGAUUCCAUGUCAUUGUGAACAUUCGUUGUCAAAGUAGACAUUUGAUAUAAACAGGUCGGUGUUGGUGAGUUUUCAGUCGGUGAUAUUAUACAGUGGCUUAGGCAUUCAACAAUCAAACAGGUUUCAGUUUCAUUAUAGACAGUUGCUGUUUCAAGGUGGAAGAAGGAUCGCCUUAGUAUGGGGAGGCUGCAUACAAGGCGGUGUUACGUGUUGUUCACAUUUAUUAUUUAUAUGAGACUGAAAAACAUCGUUAGAACAGUUUAUACUGAGGCACAAUUGAGCAUGUGUUUAAUAAGAGCUACUGUCUCCGUGAGAACCAUUAAAUGAGUUUAUAUUAAUCCGUGUUGAAGAAGUGUGACUGUUGUGGUUCUGAAGUGGAACACAGUUACCAUACUUUUACUGGUCACUGAUGAUUUACUGUAUAUCUUAGGGUUAAUAAAGCAUGACGGUACAACGGUGGUCCAGAACUUUCCGUUAUUUUAUCGGCUUAUUCACAAUAGUGAUAGGUGUUGUGUAUUUAGCAUGUGGAACUGUUGUAGGGAUUCACUCACCUGGGACUAGCUCUUGUAUACCGAAGAAUGUGGGCGUAGUGUUCUGGUUGACUGACUGAGUUCCAACAUAGAACUUUGCUCGGAAUUGCAGCAGUUCAAGUCACAGCACCACGUAGCACAG